AUGACAAAGAUUAUGAUGACGGCUGCUUGGAUGGUGAUGUUGGGUUGCACCAUGAUCAGUUUGUGUCAAGCCAGCUUCUAUCAAGAGGCCGAGGUUCUUCACGUCACCGGAAAAGUACUUUGUCAAGACUGCACCCAAAGCUACAAUGAAUGGGCUAAGGGCGGUAAACCCAUCAAAGGCGCGAAAGUAUCUAUAACUUGCAUGGACGAUAGAAGCAGAGUGAUAUACUACGGAAGCGAUGCGACCGAUGGAGUUGGGGCCUACGAUCUAACACUCAACAAGUUCGUCAAUGGAAAGAAGUUAAACCUCAAAAACUGCUUCGCCAGGCUCGUUUCUUCGUCAGACGAAGUUUGUAACAUUCCAACCGACUUCAACGGAGGGAAAUCUGGCAUCAAACUUGGGCGACCUUCAGCUGUCUACAGGGGAAGCGUGAAGCAUGUUCUUAAACCUUUCUAUUACACAACUCCCAUGUGCGAUGAGCCCGACACUACCCAUGGAAAAGAUGAUCACGAGGACUCUUAA